AGAAUGACAUAAGUGUUAGCUGACCUGCGUGUUUCCCAAUGACACGCGCUGUGGGUUUAAAAUGGUGAAAACGGAGCUCACAUUAGAGUUUUUAAAGAUUCUGUCUAUCCAGUAAUCAAGGUUGAGCGAAGACUCCAUCAGAGUGUAAAGAUGCCAGCUGGAGUGUCUUGGGCCCGAUAUGUCAGGAUGUUAGGAGCCAGUGUCUUGGCCAUGUUUGCAGGAGCUCAGGCCGUCCACCAGUACUACCUGCCUGAUCUGAGUAUCCCAGAAACCCCACCAAAGCCUGGGGAGCUGAAGACAGAACUGCAGGGCUACAAAAUUAGACAAGAAGCUGCUGCAGCUUUACAGAAACUUAAGACGGAAAAUAAUGCAGACUGAUGUGGGAAUACACUCCUGUCUGAUGGACACCUGGAACUGGAUUUGGUGUUUUCCUCUGAUGAAGUAAACAGCUGUGGACUUAAACAUGAUCAGAAUGUGGCCAUUGGGGAUGAAGAUUAUAUCUGGACUGGAACAUGAUAAUUUUGUUAACUUGAUUAAAAUGUAUAUAUGGUAUGUUUUCAAAUGUAAAUGCAUUUGAUAAUGAGUGAGAAAAUAUAAAGAACUGUGGUUUUCACCAAGCAGGUAUACUGUACAAUAAAUAAAUACAUGUCUAUCAUCUAUACUGCUCACUGUCAUAGUACAGUGGAGCCAGUCCCUGGACUGUUCGCCAGUUCAUCAGGCAGGCAGCUGUAACUGCAAGUAUAGAACAUGAAGACCACGCACACUUACAUGGCAUACAACAUGUAAAAAUCCAAGAGGAUUGGAAAAUGCAGUGUGUUGAAACAUUAAUAGCUGCAGCUAAAGAGAAUCGGGCUCCAACAGCUGAUGAAAUAUGGAAUUCAAGAUCAGUGAAGUGCUAACAGCGCCUGCCUGUGAGGAGCCAUGUAACAUCAAAUGAAGCACUACAACUCCUACCCUGUCUUCAAGUCAUCAAUGUUUUCAUGCGCUAUAAGCUUGUAUUUUCUGAUUGAUGUGAAAAAAAAAUCAGUCUAAUAUUCAAUCAUUUCCUGGCAAUAUUUUCCAUGUACACUGACACAUUCAAGCAUCUA